AUGAAUCUUUGCUGGAAUGAGAUCAAAAAGAAAUCCCACAGCCUUCGGGCUCGUCUGGAGGCCUUUUCUGACCACAGUGGGAAGCUGCAGGUGCCUCUCCAGGAGAUCAUAGACUGGCUCGGGCAGAAGGAUGAGGAGCUCUCGGCACAGCUGCCCCUGCGAGGCGAUGUCCUCCUGGUGCAGCAGGAAAAGGAGACACAUGCGGCUUUCAUGGAAGAAGUGAAGUCUCGGGGACCAUACAUUUACUCUGUCCUGGAGUCAGCACAGGCCUUCCUUUCCCAGCAUCCAUUUGAGGAAUUAGAAGAACCAAUGUCAGAAAGCAAAGAUGUCUCUCCCCGGCACCGGAUCCAAAACAUCAGCCGCUUUGUCUGGAAGCAGGCGAACGUGGCCAGUGAGCUGUGGGAGAAGCUCACAGCCCGGUGCGUGGACCAGCACCGUCACAUCGAACGGACACUGGAGCAGCUGCUAGAGAUUAAAGGGGCCAUGGAGGAGCUCAGCAUGACACUGGACCAGGCUGAAAGCGUGUGUGAAACCUGGGAACCCAUUGGGGACCUCUUCAUUGACUCCUUACCAGAGCACAUCCAGUCAACCAAGCUGUUCAAAGAGGAGCUCUCCCCCAUGAAGGAUGGGGUGAAAGUGGUCAAUGAUCUUGCACACCAGCUUGCCAUCUCAGAUGUCCACCUGUCCAUGGAGAACUCCCGUACCCUGGAGCAGAUCAACAUGCGCUGGAAGCAGCUGCAGGCCUCCAUAAACGAACGCCUGAAGCAGCUCCAAGAUGCCCACCGGGACUUUGGACCAGGCUCCCAGCACUUCCUCUCCUCCUCUGUCCAGGUCCCCUGGGAGCGAGCCAUUUCCCCUAACAAAGUGCCGUACUACAUCAACCACCAGGCCCAGACUACAUGCUGGGACCACCCGAAGAUGACGGAGUUGUACCAGACACUGGCGGAUUUGAACAACAUCAAGUUCUCAGCGUAUCGGACGGCUAUGAAACUACGACGGGUGCAAAAAGCUCUGCGAUUGGACAUGGUGACCCUGGCCACGGCCUUGGAAAUCUUCAAUGAGCAUGACCUGCAGCCCAGCGACCGGGCGAUGGACGUGGUGGAGGUCAUUCACUGCCUGACCGCCCUCUACGAGAGGCUGGAGGAGGAGCGGGGCAUCCUGGUGAAUGUGCCGCUCUGUGUGGACAUGAGCCUCAACUGGCUUUUGAAUGUCUUUGACAGUGGCCGCAGUGGGAAGAUGAGGGCGCUCUCCUUCAAGACAGGCAUUGCAUGUCUGUGCGGGACAGAGGUCAAGGAGAAGUUUCAGUAUCUCUUCAGCCAAGUGGCAAACGCUGGGGGACUGUGUGACCAGCGGCACCUUGGCGUCCUGCUCCACGAGGCCAUCCAGGUCCCACGCCAGCUGGGGGAGGUGGCAGCGUUCGGGGGCAGCAACGUGGAGCCCAGCAUCCGCAGCUGCUUCCGCUUUAGCAACGGGAAGCCCACCAUCGAGGCAUCCCAGUUCCUGGAGUGGGCCAACCUGGAGCCGCAGUCCAUGGUGUGGCUGGCCGUGCUGCACCGGGUGACCAUGGCUGAGCAGGUGAAGCACCAGACCAAGUGCUCUGUCUGCCGGCAGUGCCCCAUCAAGGGCUUCAGGUAUCGGAGCCUGAAGCAAUUCAAUGUGGAUAUCUGCCAGGCUUGCUUCCUCACUGGGCGAGCCAGCAAGGGCAACAAGCUGCACUACCCCAUCAUGGAGUACUACACCCCGACCACAUCCAGUGAGAACAUGAGAGACUUUGCCACAACGCUGAAGAACAAGUUUCGGUCCAAGCAGUACUUCAGCAAGCACCCACAGAGAGGUUACCUGCCCGUCCAGUCUGUGCUCGAGGCUGACUUCUCCGAGACACCAGCCUCCUCCCCGAUGUUACCACAUGCCGACACCCACUCCCGGAUCGAGCACUUUGCCAGCAGACUUGCAGAGAUGGAAAGCCAGAACUGUUCCUUCUUCAAUGACAGCCUGUCCCCUGAUGAUAGCCUGGAUGAGGACCAGUACCUGCUGCGCCAUUCCAGCCCCAUCACUGACAGAGAGCCUGGGGGCAGCCAGCAGGUUCCGGCAAGCCUCAACAUGGAUGACAAGGGAGAGCUGGAGCGAAUCCUGGCCCACUUAGAAGAUGAAAACAGGAUCCUCCAGGGAGAGCUGAGACGUUUGAAAUGGCAGCAUGAUGAGGCGGUGGAGUCUCCAACCUUGGCUACAGGCUCCCCUGAAUCAGUGCAAGACCCACAUAAUGAUGAGCUCCUGGCAGAAGCACGAAUCCUUCGGCAGCACAAGAGCCGCCUGGAGACCCGCAUGCAGAUCCUAGAGGACCACAACAAGCAGCUGGAGUCCCAGCUGCACCGGCUGAGGGAGCUGCUGCUGCAGCCUCCAGUAGAGUCAGAUGGCAACGCUCGCCGUCGGUCCGCAGCCUCUUCCUUGGCUUCAUCUCCGUAUCAGUCUGAAGGCAGCCAGACAAAGGAGAAAGAGCACAACACCCCUGACACCGAAGCUGCAGACGAGGUGGAAGUGAAAACCCAGGAAGUCAGCGUGUGCCUGGAAGACAUCAUGGAGAAGCUGCGGAGCGCCUUCCCCAACUCUCGAGGUACUCGAGUGAAAUCCCCCUCUCUGGCCUCUUACUGCUCCCUCAGAUGA